AUGCCCAACUUAUUUGUCCAAGAUGAGUCGGAAGAUGAAUUGUUACAGGUUGAGCUUUCCAGGCAAAUCGAGCUCGAGAAAGAUACUAAUGAUAACUCACAGGCGCCGCAUUCAAUAUUGCCCAGUGAAUCACCAGCCAAGGACGUAAAGGCAACACAAGAAACUGGUGGUUCGUUGUACCCGCUGAUUCCUAAUGAUAAUGAUACUGACAAUCUGAAACCCAAUAUUGAUGAUAUUAAAGAAGUGGAUAUACAGUUGAACCUUCCCUUAGCCUUCCAACGACAAGUUGUCGAAAACGCGCUUGUGACAGAUGAUCCUUUAAUCAUCAUGGGCAGAGGACUCAGUAUGAUUGCCCUAGUCGCCAACCUGCUGCAUGUCCUCUCUACUCCCACGAAUAUAAAUGGUGUCUCUAAGAGGUCUCUAGUGCUGGUGCUCAAUGCAAGACCAAAUGACAAUUUACACAUUCACGAGGAGUUGCAAGAGCUACAAAUGCUUUCUAACAUUGAUCAACCCGAUGAUGAACAAACUCGACCCUUUCAUGUGAUUAGUGCUGAUUCUCAAACUCUUGAAAAGAGACGACAGUUGUACUUGUCAGGUGGAAUUUUCAGUGUAACUUCGAGAAUUCUCAUUGUAGAUCUUCUGUCAGGAAUUGUUCAUCCAAAUAAGAUAACUGGUAUAGUGGUCUUGAACGCGGAAACCCUGAGAGAUUACUCGAAUGAAUCUUUCAUCCUGGAAAUGUACCGUUCAAAGAAUAAAUGGGGGUUUAUCAAGGCAUUUUCCGAAUCACCAGAAAGUUUUGUGAUGGAGUUCUCACCUUUAAUGAAGAAAAUGAAGGAUUUAAGGCUAAAAAAUGUACUUCUAUGGCCUCGUUUCAGGGUGGAGAUUUCAAAGUGUUUAAAUACGCCUAAUGAUUCAACUAAUAACAAGGUAUUUGAAGUGAAAGUGUCUCUCACCAACUCAAUGUCUCAAAUUCAAUUCGGCUUGAUAGGAUGUUUGAAGAAGUGCAUUGCAGAGCUUAGCAGGAAGACACCAGAUUUGUGGUUGGAGUGGUGGAACAUGGACAACGCAUUGGACAUGAAUUUUCUGAAGUCAAUUGACUCCGUGAUGAUACCAAACUGGCAUCGUAUUUCAUUUGAAUCAAAGCAGUUGAUCAAGGACAUUAGAUUUCUGAGAAAUUUGAUGAAGCUUCUCGUCAGUGGAGAUGCUGUUGAUUUUUAUGAGGAAAUCCAGUUGAGUCUCGAGGCGAAUAAACCUUCAAUAUCUCGUAAAUAUCUCGAAUCGCCGUGGUUAAUGGCCGACGAGUCUCAAAUGGUGAUAUCGUACGCCAAGAAGCGGAUUUUUAGCGACGGAGAAUAUCACCUAGAAGACGUGCCUAAGUGGGAACAACUGAUCAAUAUACUUGAUGAUAUAGCUCAUCAGAAGGCAUCCAAAGAAAUCCUCGGACCCACUCUCAUAAUGUGCUCGAACACUAGGACGUGUAUUCAGUUAGCAAGAGUAUUAACUGUAGCUGAUAAAAAGAAUGGGUUGCGAAAGAACAUGCUUCGUAAAUUGCAGCAUUAUAAAGAGCAAAGAGAAGAACGUAAGAAAAUGGUGCAAGAAGUUAGAGAAAAAGAACCAGAACGAGCUGCUGAAUUAAAUGUUAGUGCAGCAUUUGCUAAAGAACAAGUUGCGACUAAAAGGCGAAGGACGAGAGGGGCAGCAGCAGUGGCAGCUGUUGAGAAAUUAAGGAGCGCCGGCGUUGGAGAGGAUAUCGAGAAUAUUAUUGAUGACUAUAAUAUAAAGCAAGAGCUCGAAACCAUGCCCGGCUUUGAGGAAGGGGAACAAGACGGUUUUUUCGCGAUCCAUAACGAUAAUGACAUGCAAGCUGAAAACUACGAUGAAGAUGAGGAAGUUAAGGAAACGCCUUUUGAAUCUUUCAGAAGCGAGAUAAACCGACAAAUUUGGGAAAAACGUACGGAAGAGUUUGCCUACGUGAGCUCGGGAGAUGAAAUCAUUGUCGAGAAAUUCGACAGUAUAAGUGACGAUACAUUUCUCCAGGAAUUGAUGCCCUCAUUCAUAAUAAUGUAUGAGCCAGACUUAUGCUUCAUACGAAGAGUUGAGAUCCACCGAGCAAUUCAUAGAGAGAUACCACCUAAAGUAUUUUUUUCAUGUAUUAUGGGGAUAGUGUCGAAGAGCAAGGGCAUCUUACUGACAAUCAAAAAGGAAAAGGAUGCUUUUACUAAAUUGAUAAGAGAGCAUGCUAUGUUGGCUCAUCACUUUGAAGCCGAUGAUGAUUUAUCGCAUUUCAAGAAUCUGGCCGAGAGAAAGUUAAAGUUAAAUGGUCUACGGAAAAACAACACUAGAGUAGCUGGUGGUCAAGCAGCAUUAACCGAGUUGACUCAAGAUAUCGUUGUCGUAGACAGUCGUGAAUUCAACGCCUCACUUCCAGGCCUUCUUUACAGAUAUGGGGUCCGGGUUGUCCCUUGCAUGCUAACUGUUGGUGAUUACAUCAUAACUCCAGACAUCUGUGUAGAAAGAAAGUCUAUAUCUGACUUGAUCGGAUCCCUGCAAAACAAUCGGCUGGCGUCCCAAUGCAAAAAAAUGUCAAGGCACUAUAAAUAUCCAACUCUUCUGAUAGAGUUUGAUCAUGGACAGUCAUUUUCCUUGGAACCAUUCAGCGAAAGAAGAAACUAUAGAAGUAAAGAUUCGUCGACUGUCCACCCAAUUUCGAGUAAAUUGUCGCAAGACGAAAUACAAAUGCAACUCUCCAAGUUGGUCAUGAGAUUUCCAGGCCUGAGAAUAAUAUGGUCCUCUUCACCAUUGCAGACCGUCAAUAUCAUUUUGGAACUAAAACUUGGGCGCGAACAACCAGAUCCAACAUUAUCAGUCGGUUUGGGAUCAAAAAUAAAACCUCCUAGUAAAGUUGGAAAGAAGGAUAAGCAGACGGAUGAAGCGGAAAAGCUGACAAGGUUACUGGCUAUACCAGGUAUCUCUAAUGUUGACUAUUUCAACAUUCGAAGAAAAGUCAAAAGCUAUAAAAAACUAGCGAAUCUUUCCUCGCAAGAUUUGACUGAUUUGUUUGGUGAUGACCUGAGAGACAAAAUUACUAUUUUUAUUCAGAAGGAGGAAGACGAUCGCCAGGAUAGUGCCGAUGAUGAUAUGAAUGACGAUUUUAUGAUAGACAAUUGA